CACACAGCAUAGUUAAUGUGUGACAACGGUAAUCCCAUCGAGGAACGAUGAACACGAGCUUCAUUUAAAAAUCUGGAAAUCAGGCAUGAGCUCUUCAACAGGACAGCUGACUCAACAGACAUCAGUGUGGUUUGUUUGAUCAUAUACCAGGAGGCUCGAAAUACAUACUACAGCAUCUUUGCUGUGCCCAGAAACAUGCAGUGGCGACGACGCCACCGCUGUGCACAUGCAGCUAAGUUUCUUUAUCUCAUCUCACUUUUGGCUGUUCUGGUCUUUCUGGUCAAUCAGGUGUGGCUGCCUAGGCUAACAGGUUUGCCACGGUGGAGAGUGCACCCUGUGGUGUAUGGAAGAGCAGGACUACAAACCACCAAAACCAAAUGGAACCUGAGCUCUCAGCAUUCUUCAUGGAGGUUUGUGAUUGUUCCUCUGCCAACUGACAAGAACAUCAGCUCCUACGAGAAGGAAGGCAUCUCCUCUCCUCAGGGAGACCCAAAGUUCAAUCCAACUUUGGUUGCCAACCCCAACCAAACUGAACAGGCAGACUCAAAUGGAACCAUCACCCAAGGACCUUACACUUAUAUAAUUAACGAACCAGACAAAUGCCAACAGAGCAGACCAGCACCAUUUUUAGUGUUUCUAAUAGCUACUGAGGUUCGCCAAGUAGAAGCAAGGAAUGCCAUACGGCAGACGUGGGGAAAUGAGAGCAUUGCUCCAGCUCCAGGACUCAUCAGACUCUUUCUACUCGGGAAAAAUGAAGGAGAGCUGGGAAAUUUACAGCAAAGGAUGCUGGAAGCAGAGAGUAGGAAGUAUCAUGAUAUCAUCCAGCAGGACUUCUUAGAUUCGUAUAAAAACCUGACCAUGAAAACAUUGAUGGGAAUGAACUGGGUGGCAAUGUACUGUCCAUCCUCCAGCUACGUCAUGAAGACAGAUAGCGACAUGUUUGUGAACACAGAGUACCUCAUUUAUAAGCUGCUCCGACCGGAACUAAAGCCUAAGAAAAACUACUUCACUGGCAACAUCAUGAGAGGUUACGCACCCAACAGAAACAAAAACAGUAAAUGGUACAUGUCGCCUAAACUAUAUCCAAGUGAGAAAUAUCCCACCUUCUGCUCCGGGACAGGUUAUGUGUUUUCGGGAGACUUGGCAGGGAAAAUCUACAAAGCAUCUCUAAGAGUGGCCCCUGUGCAUUUGGAGGAUGUGUAUGUGGGAAUAUGUCUGGACAAGCUUCAGAUUGAGCCCGUGCCACCGCCCAAUGAGUUCCUUUUCAACCACUGGCGAGUGUUUUACUCCAGCUGCAAGUACAGCCACCUGAUUACAUCACAUGGGUUUCAUCCCAACGAGAUACUCAAAUAUUGGCAUCACCUCCAAAACAACAAACACAAUGCCUGCAUCAACUCAUUAAAGGAGAAAGUGGGCAAGCCUCACUUCAACAGAGUGAUGAGAGAAAAAUCUCUUUAAAGAGUCCCCAUUUUAUACAAAUACAGUUUAUAUGGAUUAUUGUUUGAUGCAACUUGAAAUUUGUAAUUUGGCUGCUUUUAAAUCAAAAUAACAGCUAAUGUUUUGGAGAUUCAAACUGUUUUGUGCAAAAGAAAUGGAACAUGAUAAACUAAUCACUGAAGAGACAAUGU